AUGUAUGCCUUGCAACUGUUGUGGGGGACCCCUAAAUCGUCAUUUAACCUACUCCCGGUUUAUUGUCACAAUCUGAAGCUAGCAAAUCCAGAGACUGUGACAGAGAUCACUCUUGAUGGACUUGGACGAUUCGACAUGUUGUUUGUCGCACUCGGUUGUUCGAUUCGAUUGUUUCUAGGACAUAUGAGACCGUUUCUUAUAAUGGACGGUGCCCAUCUGAAGGGGCCAUACGUUGGCACCAUGUUCUUAGUGGUUGGCAUGGUUGGAAACAAUGGGAUCGUACCCAUUGCAAUGGGAGUGGGGAAGACAAAAAGUAGCCUGUCAUGGACAUGGUUUUUAUGUAAGCUUUGGCAGUGUAUCUGUGAUGUGCCCAAUUUAACCUUUGUUACUGAUAGGGCUGCCUCUAUCGACCUGGCCAUACGAAUUGUAUUUCCUAACGUGCACCACAUACUUUGUUUUCGGCAUCUGAGCCAGAACCUCCGUCUAAACUCCACUAAUGAGAAAAGUAAACGGUGGAUGCUCUGGGAGGCAUGCAAAGCUUACAGGUUGUCGGACUUUGAAGGUACUAUGGAUUUGAUGUGGUAUAGUCUACCUAGAGCCGCUCAUUAUCUUGAGAAAUUUGGCUACGCUAGAUGGGCACGAUCACACUUCCCUGGAUUGCGUUACAGUGCAAUGACGUCCAAUAGUGCUGAGUCCGUCAACUCAGUAACGCGGUUUGCACGCUGUGUUCCGAUAACAAUGUUAAUUGAAUUUUUUCGGGCAACAUUGCAACAAUGGUAUUUCAUACAUCGGCAUAACGAAGCGCAAAUGAUGAAUGCAGUGACUCCUUGGGGGGAGGCCAAAUUAGAGAAGAGAAUACAUAGGAGCACAAAUUGGAAGGUAUAUCCCAUCAGCGAUUUGUUGUUUGAAGUUGAUGACAACUAUAAGAAAGGAACGUGUGAUUUGCAUGCUAAGACUUAUAUUCAAUACUGCUGUCAAUUAUGUUCUGUUUGGUUCAAUUCCGACUUUUACCGUGCAACAUACGAGGAGGAAGUCAUUCCCCUUCCACCAGAAGCUGAAUAUGUGUUUCCCAACGAACGUUUGACUGUCCUACCGCCUCCAUUGGACAUACAAAACUCAGGCAGGCCACGUAACCGCGAUCGUAUCCCGUCACGAGACGAGGAACCAAUAGUGAAAACUUGCAGUCGAUGCGGCCAGAGUGGACAUUUUCGAUAUAACUGUACGAGUCCGAUGCCAGCUCCUAGGCCGACGCACGGAAGUUCAAGUAGUCGUCGUUGA